AUGUCUCCUUUUGAUUUGGAUAAUUUUUCGCAUUCUUUGAUUGAAAAUGGCUGGUUUAGAGAACAGUCAGAUCUUCAUUUUCCUGGACAGGCUCUACAGUUGAAAAUUAAAAAAAUUUUGCAUUAUGAAAAGACACAAUUUCAAGACGUUUUGGUAUUUCAAAGUGAAACUUAUGGCAAUGUUUUAGUUCUCGAUGGUAUUAUCCAAGUAUCUGAAAGAGAUGAAUUCUCGUAUCAAGAAAUGAUUACUCAUUUGCCUUUAUUCUCUCACCCAAACCCCAAAAAAGUUCUUGUUAUUGGUGGAGGUGAUGGUGGUGUUUUGCGAGAAGUAAUCAAGCACCAGUCUGUUCAACAAGCUAUUUUGGUUGAAAUCGAUGAACUAGUCAUUGAGUUAUCUAAAAAAUUUCUUCCAAAUAUGGCAUCAAGUUUCAAUUCCCCAAAGGUUAAAGUCAUUUUAGAUGAUGGCUUUAAAUACUUGAAAAAUUCCUCAUUUUUAAAUGAAUCCAAUAAAUUUGAUGUCAUAAUAACUGAUUCAAGCGAUCCCGAAGGCCCUGCUCAAGAAUUUUUUAAAGAAAAUUAUUUUAAUUUAUUAUACAAUGCCUUGAAUAAAAACGGUAUUGUAAUUUCUCAAACAAGUGAAAAUUUCUGGUUAAAUUUCAAAUUUAUUAAAAAUUUGAAAAAAAUUGCCUUGAAGGUUUUUCCAAAUGUUGAAUUUUCUUAUACUUGUGUUCCAACUUAUACAAGUGGUCAAUUGGGUUUAUUGAUCUGUUCCAAAGAUAAAAAUUUUAAUUUAAAGGUUCCUUUAAGAAAAUUACCACCUUCUGACGAAUUAAGUUUAUUCAAGUACUACAAUAGUGAUUUGCACACUGCUUCUUUUGUUUUGCCUAAUUGGGCUUCAAACUACUUAGAAAAUAAUGACAAUGAUGAUAAUAAUAAGGUCAAUUACAAUGAAAAAUAG